AUGUUCUCAUCAUUCUUUGGAAAUCGGUCAUCGGCAUCAUCAUCAGAGGGGGCUGUUCGAGCUGAAAACAAGAAUAACAACAACUCUUCUUCUGAAUAUUAUACCACCGAUAAGAAUAUUUUGGAAGAUCUUAGAAAAAUAUAUGGCAAUGGUGAAAUGAUCGAAACAGGAGCAAGAGAUUACUUUCAAAAUGAAUUACAACUUCCAACAAGACAAAAUUUUGCUAGAAAUCAACUUCAACAAUUGUUAAACGGCGGAACUGCACCUAAUCUUCAAACAUUUAUGCAAUUACUGAGAGGAUUUGCUCCAGAAACAGUUUCUGACGCAAAGGUUCCGACUGAUGAAGCGGUCAUUAAUGCCAUUGAGUGGUUCGAAGUUUUCUUGUACUUUGGCAAUCCUAAAAAACAGAACGUUUAUCGAAAAAUGCUUACCACGAACAGGGGAGUAUGUGGUAAAACUUGGACUGUUGGUGAUUUGGCCUUUAAAUGCAAAACUUGCCAAAAAGAUCCAACGUGUGCUAUUUGUGAAGAGUGUUUCAAAAAGGGCAAUCACGAAGGGCAUGAGUAUACCAUGACAAGAACGUCGAAUGGUAUGUGUGACUGCGGAGAUGCAGAGGCAUGGUCUGAGACUGGUUUUUGUUGUGAUCAUACCGGCAGAAGUGACCCGUUAUCACACCUGGAUCAUUCUUACAAGAAACUACUUGAAGCUUUAAUGAAAUCAAUAUUCGGUAACGAUGGGGUGGUCAUGAUGUACAUACGAAAGAUAAUAGAAAAGUUUAACAGCCUUGCAGAUGAAAAAGAAAGACAAAAAUCUCUUCAACUUCAAACUCUUUAUCAAAACUUUGUUUACUUAAUUGAAUCUAUUGCAGAAACGAUCAGUCCUUCUCCUUGUUUGAAAAAUUUGGCGUACCAUGAGUUAAGAGAAAUAGGAAGCAAAGAAAAUAUGACCGUUGUGGAUGAGCAAUUGCAAUCCAUGCCAAAAAUGUCGCAAUCUGCUAAAACCAAAUUUUAUGAACUUUAUUCAGCACUCAUCACUGAUGCGGAAUUCAAGCUCUUCUUUUCCGAAUGCUUGGUCAGAAAUUAUUCUCUAAUUAUAUCAGAUUAUGUUACCUUCACAAAAAAGAAGAAAGAGACCAGCACAUUUGUUGGAGACGAUGAAGAAGAAGAGGAAUCAACAAAAGAUGUUCAUAUUUCGAACAUUACUGUUCAACUGUUUACCACUCCUACUGUUGCUACCCAUUUAGUAGAAAAUUGUAAUCUUGUGUCCAUUUUGUUGGAUAAUUUAAUUGAAAUGAUUGAACAAGAAGCCCAUAUGGACGAAUCUAGAAACAACAAGUUAUUUUACAAACCUGUGUCUGCUACGCACAAAAUUGACGCAGUGUAUCAUGUUAUUUUUGAUAUAUCAUAUUGUGUGAUACACAAACGAUUUUGCGAAGAGCUAUUACUGAACGAGGAAUGUUUACAUAAGUUUUUGACAUUUUUAUCCUAUAUUCAAGCAGCAUCUGAUAUUAAACGGUUGGAUACCGAUGAAAGCCAAUGGUACACAAUAUUUAACUUGGAGAUGAUUACAUUGCCCAAGAUUGUGAGAAAAGUCACCAACGUUAUUGAAACAUUUUCUGAAAAUACCAAUUACAUGGGCAUGCUCAAACAGAUAGUUCGUUCUCUUGCUAAAUUUAUUCAAGAUGAUAAUGUGGAAAUCGACAACGACGAAACAGUGAAGAACGAGCAACCAUUCAAUGUUCCGAUUACGUACCACUUGCCGAUUCAAAGAUUCACUACUACUGUGCUCAUUCAACUCAUGGCUAGAUAUCCUACUCUUUCAAUUCGCGACACUAUUUCAAAUAUUCUCAAAGAAACCACUCCAAGUGGUGUAGAUAUUGCAAAUAAGUUUUUGUUACAAGUUGUUGAACAUCCUUUGAAAGAGUUUGUAACGAGUGCCCAAGUUAACGCAAGAUUGUGGCAACGAAACCAUGAACAUAUUCUUGAUCAACACUACAACUUUUGUAGCGAGAAAUUUGCAGAUUACGCUUACUGCAAUGAUUUCUUUUUAGUUCAGCUGAUAUUUGGUCUGAUCGAUAACAAUGAACUUAUAUACAAGACUUUGCUAAAGAAAUUUAACAAUACUAUGAGCCACAUUAAAUUAUACACCAUGAGCAAACCAACAGAAGAUGAAGACAGACGUGCAGUAUUGGAGGAAGAAUUUAUUAGACUGAUAUUGACUAUUUACUCGAACAGAGUGAACAUGGAGUCAAUGACCAAUUGGGAUGUUUGUCGCCAAUAUGUUUUACAUUAUCUCUUCUCAGAACAAAAAUGCAAAUUUAGUGACAUUGUAAAUUCCAUUCCAAAGUCCUUCAGAUCAGAUGUUGAUGUUAAAGCGUUAGUGAAUGAGGUUGCUAAUUUUCACAAGCCAAAGGGAUCACAUGAACAAGGUUAUUUCACUGUAAAAUCAAACCAAUGGGACGAAUUUAACCCUUACUUUAUCAGUAUGAGCUCGCAAAAAUUUUAUCAAGCAAUUGAAAAUUACAAAGCUCAGCAUGGAGGCAAAUCAUCAGCACCCUUGUUCCUGGAAAAACCAUCACAUGCUGCCAAUGCUCAAAUUGAGCAUGGAUUGAUGAACUUGAUUGUUUCAUCGUAUCUUUACAAGAUCAUAUUCUUGGUGUUGUAUAGAUCUGUGAAAACUAGCAGCUCGGAGCAGCUGCCACCCUAUAUUUUACAUGCCUUGCUGGCUUCGUUAAAUUCAUUAGACACUCGAGAUUACAAACUCACACGCCCUCCUCAAAAAACCAUACUUUCUCCUGUCUCCAAUGCUCUUGACAUUCCAUUCAAGGAAAACGAGUCUCCAAUCAAGUAUGUAUUGCAGUCCAUUGAAAUGGAAGACGGAUCAAAACAUUCAAUUAUGGAGUUGUUGCUCAAGGUCUCAGGCCAACCUGAGCUUGUUGAAAAUAUUUUGAAUAGACUGAGCGAGCUGAAUGAAACAUGUGACCAAAUAAUAUUAGAGACAAAGACAACAACAGAGAGUUCUGGCCACAAGGAUGAAAAAGAGCGUAAAAAACAGAAAGCUUUGGAAAAUCGCCAAAAACUCUUGGAGAAAAUGAAAGCCAGCCAGCAAAAAUUUGCAUUGAGCCUCGAAGAAGAUGAGGAAGUGGUUGAAAGCGUAGAUAAGCUUAAAUGUGCCUUUUGCCAUGAUCACCAGUCUCCGGAGGGAAAUACCUCUCUUUCUCUAAUGUGUCAAAUUGUGAAGAACCCCUUCCCUCAUAUUGUCUACUCUAACGACAACCAAAAAGUGUUUCCAAACAUUGAAAACAAAAUUGUGGUUGAUAUUGGAGAUUUUACAGAAUUGUUUUCUGAUAUUAACAAGGAGCACAAUGUACAGAUCAAUUAUUGUUCUCAUGCCUGUCAUGCUGAUUGUUAUGAUAGAUAUUACUCGAACCUACUUCAAGAGGAGUCAAGAAGGAGAAGAUAUAAGGGAUUCGGUCAAAUUAGUUUGGAAUCGAUGGAGAUUCUCUGCCCGGUUUGUAACAGAGUUGUCAAUUGCUUGUGUCCAAUAACGGCUUAUAGCACCCACACCCAUGUGGACAAUACAAACGGCACCUAUUCUUAUUCUUUACCAGACUUGGAAGAUGUCAAAUCCAUAUUUACUAACUUGAGUAUUAAGAAUGCACCAGAGGAUGUUAAAACCAACACAACAUUUUCCACUUUCUCAGAAAAGAUCAUUCGGAAAAAGAAAGAAGAUCUUGGUGAUACUUUAGAGCCUUUGGAAAUAUCUAUUGAAAAUUUUGAAAGAACAGACUCUUCAUACUUCUGUAAUGCUUUAAUCUCCGAACUAGUUGUGGAGGAAAUACUACAAAGGGGCUCAAGUUUGGCGAUAGUUUCUCCACUUUCUGAAUCGAGCAGAAAAUCUAUUUCUCAUCUUUUUGACCUUCUAAUAUCAUACCAACAAUUAAGCGAUGAAAAUAAGAAAACAUGUUCUCUUCAAAUGAAAGCCCUAUAUGCAUCAUUGAUGGGCUUGAGUGAAUUUGAAAAUCUCAAACUCUAUAACGAGGAGAAGAGAAGUGGAAACAGAAUGUACUUGCCAUUGCUCAGCGGUGACAUGUUUUCUUUGCUAGUUCGAAUAACUACCUUGCUUUUUUCAUCUGAAGUUGUGCUCAAGAAAUCUCAGUAUCAUGAAAUACUUGGACUUUUAUAUCAGGCGCUCGUAAUUCAAAUAAUAAUUCAAUUCAAUAUUAGAUUAGGAAUUAAUGUCAGCACUGGAAUGGAAAGCCUAGAUCAAGAUAUAUCCUCAAUAGCAAAUAUUCCAAUUGUAUCGAAUUUCGAGAGAAAGGUUGCAGAUUUUACAGAGAGAGAUAUGGAAGAAUUUUCGUUGACAUUUUUGAGAAGAGCAGCGUUAUAUCAUUCGUUCUUGUUCCCUGAUGAAACACUACCAAAUGGAAAUGAUUACUCUCAACUGCUUUCUUAUUUGAAACUACCUUCAAUUGGAGAACUAUUGAUGAAUAUCAAAAAUUCUUCAACUCAUAUUGACCUAAUUACAAAAUGGAUUGAUCAAGUAAUAUACUCAAUGCAAUCUAUUUCAGUAAUUGUGUUGGAGGCAGAAAAUUUCGAAGAAGAAGAGGAAAGUUUGUAUGUUCUUCAAGCAGAUUCUUUAUUACCAUUCUUUGGAAAGUGCAAUCCAUUUUCCUUCAUUGAGCUACCUCGAUUAUAUGAAGAUAUUUUCCUCCAGUACCACAACGAGACAUGUCCUGAAUGCGGUAAAAAGUUAGAGAAUCCUGCUCUUGACUUGAUCACAGGAAAGCUUGCUUGGCUUAGAAAUUGCUCAUGUUCCAAGGAUCAGCCACUUGGAAAAUGUACAAGACAUGCCCGAGAGCACUUUUCAGGUUUUGGUUUGUUCCUUAUUGUGACUUCUUCUCGACUACUUUUGUUACAUGAGGGCAGAACUUCUAUUUUACCAAGUCCAUAUCUCGAUUCCAUGGGUGAAGAGGAUAAGAAUUUGCGAAGAGGCGUUCCAUUAUUCUUCCAUAAAGAACGUCUUGACGAGUACAUUCCAAAGCUUGCCAGAAUGAAUUGGGAUCAUGACACCAUUAUAUUGGAAAAGAGCACUGUUCUUAACGCAUAUACCUUAUAA